UUCUUAUAGCCACAGCGAUGUUUACGAAAGUGGUAGCAGUACUCCUGUUUGUUGCGGUCUUAUCGCAGGAGGCAGAGGAGGAACCUUUCAAACUUCCGUCUCUGAAAGGAAAUGCAUUCUUUGCAGAUCCUUUUGCUAAUUUCGAGGGCAUUGGCUCAAUAUGGGGUUUAUCAUCAUCCUCUAAAGGUGACGGAAGUAAGUUCGAUGGUCGAUGGGCCAUUGAGGGUAACUCAGCUAACCCUAAAGAUUUGGGACUAGUAGCUAAAGACAAAGCCAAACAUCAUGCUAUCUCAGCUAAGAUGAACAAGAAAGUAGACUUCACGGAACUUCACGAUUCACAGAAACAGUUUGUCGUGCAGUACGAGGUUAAAUAUCAAGACACAAUGGAAUGUGGUGGAUCUUACCUCAAGUUGGCUGCCGAAGUAGACGAGGAGUUCUCAUCAGAUACUUUCAAUGAUAAAACCCUUUACUCCAUCAUGUUUGGGCCUGACAAGUGUGGACUUGAAAGCAGGAUUCAUUUCAUCGUCAACUACAAGAACCCCGUCACUGGAGCAGUUGAAGAGAAACACGCCAAGGCAUCUUCAGACUUCAAGGAAAUAUUCGGUGAUAACAAAUCCCAUCUUUUAACUCUCGUUGUCGACUUUGAUGGCUCUUUCGAGAUAUUUGUAGACCAAAACUCCGUAAACAAAGGAUCUAUGCUGACUGACAUGACCCCUGCCAUCAACCCUCCAUCUGAGAUUGACGACCCAUCUGACUCCAAACCUUCUGACUGGGAUGAUAAGGAAAAGAUCCCCGACCCAAUGGCAACAAAACCUGAGGACUGGGAUGAGGAUGCUCCCAAGUUUAUUGAAGACGAGGAGGCCACAAUGCCGGAUAACUGGCUGGAAGAUGAGGUUGAGCAGGUACCCGACCCAGACGCAGUAAAACCAGAGGAUUGGGAUGACGAGGAGGACGGUGAAUGGGAAGCUCCCAUUGUUGAGAACCCUAAAUGUGAGGCUGGUAACUGUGGUCCCUGGACUCGUCCUCAGAAACCUAACCCUGAAUACAAGGGCUCAUGGGCUCCUCCUCUCAUUGACAACCCUAACUACAGUGGUGUCUGGUCUCCCAAGAAGAUUGCCAACCCUGAUUAUUAUGAAGACAAGACCCCAUUUGCCUCUCUGAUGCCAAUCACAGCUGUAGGUAUUGAGAUGUGGACCAUGACUAAAGACAUCAUGUUUGACAACAUAAUUUUGACCGACAGCAAGUCAGUAGCUGACGAGUGGGCUGGAGAAAGCUGGAACAAGAAAGCUCUGAUUGAAAAACUGGCUGCUCCUGGAGACAGCCCAAUGGAUCAGUUCCUUGUCUUUGCCGGAGAGAACCCUUGGAUCUGGAUCCUUCUAGCUGCAGCAGUGAUCCUGCCUGUAGUACUCUACUUUUACUGCAGCGGGGGAUCUCCUGCACCUGCUGACGAUGGAGCUGAAGCUAAGAAAACUGACAAAGUGACUCCUGAUGACGAAGAGAAAGAAGAUGAGGGCGAGGAAGAAGAGAAGGAAGCAAGUGGAGAACAGAAAGAAGAAGAAGAAGAUAUGCCUGAGUUAGAGGAGACAGAGAAAGAGGCGGAAGAGGAAGCUGCCGAAGAAGAAGAAGCAGAAGAAGAGGAGGCUGCCGAAGAGGAGGCAGCUGAGGAGAAAGAGGAAGCUCCUGUCAAACGAAGAACAAGGAAAGCUGACUGAAAUUAGUACCGUCAUGUUUAGAGUCAGAAUCAGCUCUGAUUUAAAGAAAUCUGUAAGAUCCUUUUAAAGUUGACAUCCCUUUUCCGACCUAUUCAAUUUGAGUAACAUUUAUCCCAUUUACCCUAUAUCAAAUUAUUUAUACUUGCAGACAAGUAUUAUGGUAUACAACUGUUUUAUUUACGAUGUUUGUUGUUGUUAAGUGGUGCUUAUGGUUAAUAUUUGAUAAUAUUUUAAGUACGAAGAUUUUUUUGACGACAUCAAUUUUCAAAUGAGCAUAAUUUCAACUUUAAGGGGUUCUGUCUUUCAGUUUUGCUGGCCAAACUAAACAUAUAUUUAUUUGAUUUUCUACGUAGGUAGUAAAUUAUGAAAAUUAUUUUAGGAUAGUCGCUCUAUUCGUAUUGAUAUUUUGCUAAAACACGCUUUCACAAUGUAUUGCUUUAAGAAAAUAAAAAAGACAUGUUAAAUUGGCUAGAAGAUUUCUUCUCUUUCAGUUUUUGACACACUCGAAAGUUGAAGUUGUAUUUGAAUUGUAACA